UGACAUCACUGUUUUUAAGGUAAAAUUUUUAAUCAAAACAUGUUCCGAGUCAAAACAUAACCGCAUUUACAUUGGAAAAUGUAAAAUCUGCAAAUUUGGUCUAAAAGAUUCCAACAUUACAAGAAAGUGUAUUUUAUUUAAAAAGUCAGUCGUAUUCUUGAUCAUGGAAUUUGAGUGCAGGCUCUGCCCAUCAACAUCAAGUUUAAUAUCGUUAUUUGGUGGAAAAGAGAAGAAAUAUCGACAGCUAUUGAAUGAAAUCCUUUUUGAGACUGUGGGAGUAAAAGUUAAGGAAGAAGACAGUUAUUCAAAGUGCCUGUGUUGUUUGUGUGUCAUUAAAAUAUUUAAUUUUUAUAAGUUUAAGACACUAUGCUUAAGGAAAGAAUCAAUAAUAAGGGGUGUGUCGAAAAAUAAAAAGGUAAUAAGCCUUAAAAACAGUGAAAGUGAAAGAAAUGACCGUAUUCAAGAGUUACAAGAUUGGAUUGUAAGAAAGAGAAAUAAAUGCUUAGAAAAUGUAAACCAAACCAUAGACAAAGAAAAAACCAUCACAAAAAAUGCAACGAUAACAAACAGUGAAACUCAAACAAAAGCAAGUGAAAUUAUAGAAAAUUCUACUCAAACAUUAUAUGUCGAAUUUACUGAUGGUGAAUCUCAAACAAUUUGCGAAUGUGUUGAAAAUGGUACUCAAACAAAUAACACAGUUAGUGAGCAAACAACACAAACCGAAAUAUGCUACCAGGCUUUUGACUACCAACCAGGUGAUAAAACAAAGGAAGCAAAUACUCUAUCAGAUACAACAGACGUAACAACAGAUUCAGCUUAUGAUUCUGACUUGCAAGUAUGUUUGGAAAAACAACAGAAAAGUAACUCAAAUAAGGAUGAAGCAGCUUUUUUAAGUAAUGACAACAUUAUUAACAAUCCUAUGGUAUUAACAAAACAGAAAAGCAUUAUUGUUUGCAAAAUAUGCAGCAAAGUUUUAAACAACAACAUUCAAUACAAAAACCAUUUAAAAGUUCACAUGAGAUGCAACUUUUGCAACAAAAAGUUCCCUUCUGCGGCAAAACUGGAAACGCAUGAAUGUGAGAAAAAAAUUAAAAUGAAACAUCCAACUGUGAUAUUGGCAAGAGUUGAUUAUCAUCCAGAGUACCAAAAAUACUGCAUGACUCCAAAAGUUGAGGAAAAUAAACCAAGAAAAUUAAUUAGGAGUAAGUCACUGUCUUGUCUAGAUAGCUUACAGGCUAACUCUGAAACGGUAUUGGACAUUUGUUUCUUAAAAACUGUCACUACUGGUAAAUCAAAAGCAACCCAAACAUUACCAAUACACGACUUAAACAAUCUAUCAACAUCCACAAUGAAUCAUCACAAGAAAAAAAAGGUUUAAGGCCACUUUUUAUUAAAUUUGGCCUGCAACAGGCUAGCUUUACGUGUUUUUUAAAUAAUAAGUAAACAGGUAUUGUUUCU